CACACACCAACAAAGACCACGCCUACAGAGGGGUAUAUAAUCAGACAGUCUGAUCGACUCAGCAGCUCUCACAGCUCUCCUUUCUCCAGAGCGUGAGGACCUGUGUGUGCUCACGUCUCGGUUCCCGGCACGAAACUCUGCCCAAUUAACUAUCGAUCGACAAAGGAGCCAGCAGCCAAUGGCGCCGUCUACCCCUGUGUGUGUGUCAGUGAGCAUCGUCUACCCCUGUGUGUGUGUCAGCGAGCAUCUCCGGGUGGAUCCUUCCCAGAGUCUGAGACCCAUCAGGAACUGGUACGGCUUGCCCUUGAUAUUGACACUCCAUCUCUUACCCCACCCAAGCCUCACACGACGAAACGGGAAUUAGAGUUGGUAUUCAAAUCUUUGGCCGCGGUACAGAGAGGCAUCCCUAUAAACACAGAGCCAUCGAUGUGAGCUUCUUUUAUUUCCUCGAAGUUGUUCGACGUGGUAGCUGCUGUCAUUCCACUUGCUGGGGAAUUCUUGAAGAGAUUUUGCUUGUCUUUCCAUGCGGUCCUCUGUGUGGUUUCUUUGUUUCUUUUUGUGAUCAAGUUCCAGAUGGCUCAGCAGUGCCCUCAAAAUGAAUAUUUUGACAGAUUGCUGAAUGCUUGCAAACCGUGUCACCUUCGGUGUUCUAAUACCCCUCCUCUCAUAUGUCAGCGUUAUUGUAAUACAGUGAAAGGAACAAAUGCCAUUCUCUGGACCUGUUUGGGCCUGAGCUUGCUGCUGUCUUUGACAGUUUUCGUGCUGAUGAUCUUGCUAAGGAAGAUGAGCUCCGAACCAUCAAAGGACAAAUUUAAGAGCACAGGAUCGCCUCUCCAGAAUGAGGCGAAUGCUGACCUGGAUGAUAGAAAAGCUAGCAGGACCGGUGAGGAAAUUCUUUCCAGAAGCCUGGAGUACACAGUAGAAGACUGUACCUGUGAGGACUGUGUCAAGAGUCAACCAAAGGUCGAUUCUGACCAUUUCUUUCCACUGCCAGCAAUGGAGGAAGGCGCAACCAUCCUUGUCACCACGAAAACGAACGACUACUGCAGGGGCCUGCUAGCUGAUGAGAGUCUCACAAGGAUGGAGAAAUCCAUUUCCACCAGAUAAUUAACCAUUUGGAGUGAUGCAGAGCUACUUUGAAAAUGUUGUCAGAGGAAAGGAUGGGGUAUCAGGUGUCUUUAGGAUGAUUGUUAUCAGUGGCCGAUAGAGCUUUCUGUCCCCUAAUUCUAGAAAAUCAUUAUGUUCAAUAUAUUUCUCUACCUUACUGUUGGGAGCUUAACUGUGGAAACUUCAUUGGUUUCAAUGAUUAAAUUCUUGACUCACUGAAAAAAA